AUGUUUCACUUAGUUAAGGGACUUUACAACACUUGGAAUAAAAAAGAACAAUAUUCAAUUCUGAUAUUAGGUUUAGACAAUGCAGGUAAAACGACGUUUUUAGAGACAUUGAAAAAGGAAUAUUCUCUGGCGUUCAAAGCCUUGGAAAAGAUACAGCCUACGGUAGGACAGAAUGUGGCAACAAUACCCGUCGAUAAUAAACAGAUCUUGAAAUUUUGGGAUGUGGGUGGGCAAGAAUCAUUGAGAUCAAUGUGGUGCGAAUACUAUUCCUUAUGCCAUGGUAUAAUUUUCAUUGUGGAUAGUUCAGAUAGAGAGCGAUUAGAUGAAUGUUCCACGACCCUACAGUCAGUUGUAAUGGAUGAAGAAAUUGAAGGUGUGCCCAUCUUGAUGCUGGCCAAUAAACAAGAUAGACAAGAUAGAAUGGAAGUGCAGGACAUAAAGGAAGUAUUCAAUAAAAUUGCGGAGCAUAUAAGCGCCAGAGAUAGUAGAGUUUUACCAAUAAGUGCAUUGACUGGAGAAGGUGUUAAAGAUGCUAUUGAAUGGAUGAUUAUUAGACUAGAGAGGAAUAAAAAGUCAAGACCACCAAUUUAUAAAUGA